AUGCCAUUUACGGACCCAAAGCGUGAUCGUCUCGGCCAGGCUCCAGACGAUGGCGGGGCCGCACUGAGAAGAAGAAGAAGAAAGGCGAACGCGUCAGCGACUCGGCACAGGUCCGACGUGGAACGGAGGGAGGGAGGCAAGCCAUACCAGGGAGCAGGUGAGAACGGCGGCGAGGAAGCCGAACCAGGUGCCCGAGAGCACGAUGAAGCCGACGGCCAGGCCGACGAUGCAGCAGACGAUGCAGAGAAGGCACGAGCCGCGCUUCCCGGGUCUGCUUCGUUGGACUUUGACCGACGGAAGAGGGCGAUUCGGCCGGCGAGUUUGGGUAAAGCGAGUAAGGCGACUGCUGCAGCUGGUGUAUGUGUUGCAGCUGCAGCUGCGGCAGUUGGUUGUGCGGAUGCUGCUGCUGGAGAAGUUGCGGAGGCGGCUGGAGUAUUUGACGCUGCGGCUGGAGUGGUUGUUGUGGCUGCUGGAGUGGUUGUUGUGGCUGCUGGAGUGGUUGUUGUGGCUGCUGGAGUGGUUGUUGUGGCUGCUGGAGUGGUUGUUGUGGCUGCUGGAGUGGCUGUGGCUGCUGGAGUGGCUGUGGCUGCUGGAGUGGUUGUUGAGUCUGCUGAAUGUGCAGUUGUUGUUCUUGUCGUUCUUGUCGUUCUUGUUCUUGUCGUUGCCGUUGCCGUUCUUGUUGCCGCUGCUGUUCUUGCCGCUGCUGUUCUUGUUGCUGUUCUUGUUGCUGCUGCAGUUUUAGUUGCUGCAGUUGUAGCUGAUGCUCUUGCUGCAGCUGCAACUGUUGCUGCCGUUGCAAUUGUUCGAGUCGUUGCUGCUCUAGUUGCUGCUGCUGUAGUUGUUCCUUUUGCAUCUGCUGCUGCUGCAAGACCUGCUGCUGCUGCCUUUGCUGAUGCUGGCCGGGCGUGA